UGCCCUUACUGGUCGGUUUCCUGACUAUCCAGAUGAAGCUUUAGGUGGAUCCAGCUUGAUCUUUGCAGACAAGACUCCAGAACAGGUAAGAAUGGACCUGGAGAUGCAGGCCCAGGAGAGCAAAAAGAGCAAGGAGCAAGAGAAGGGAAAAGACAAGGAGAAAAGUGAGAAGAAAAAGAAGAAGAAAGGAAAAGAAGGAAAAACCAGGAAAGGGGAAGCAGAUACAAUGCAAAUAUUGCCAUCCAAGUUUAUACCUGUGAUUAACGCUGGACAUGAAGAGUACAUAAAUCAGUGGAAGAACCGCCACGAGAGCGCACAUCCAAGUCAGAGCUUCGACCCUGAGACCCUCCAGGAGGAGAAGAGGAAGGAGGUGGAGCUGGAGAUCCGGAUACAGGUGGACGAGCUGAUGCGUCAGGAGCUGAGAAACUUGCGUCUGGCUGUGGACAAGGAGGAAGGAAGACUCCUGAAAACUCCGAAGAAAAAGACUGGAAAGAAAACUGGGAAGAAGAAGAAGAAAAAAGAUCUGACCCCAGACAGGUCUGUGGAGUCACUGUAUGAAGAGCUUGUCAUUUUUGGCCUUCUAAAGAAGAGUGAGACAGUGGCAUUGAAGGAUUACGUUGGUGACUGCCUUUAUCUCGGGUCCACUCUGAGUUGCAAACAGCUUCCCAUGCCCUCCUGUUUGAUAUACGACAGAAACAUGGCCUUGUAUGCAGUCCUUCGGCUGGGUUCCCCGGACAUACACUCUGUGGCUCCCCUUAUCCGCUUCUAUCCUCCUGGUGGCCCUCGUACGGGGGAGAAGAUGUUGGUACAGGCUGUAUGCACGGAAACGGUUGCCAACACUGUUUGACCUUCACCUGACAAUUCUGUAUGGGGCAAUAUCCUGGCAAGAAGGGGGGUGCAGAUGAUUGGUCACAUGGUUCUUUAAGUCUGGAGCCUGCGGCUUUUAGGUGCCCGGCUCCUACAGCCUUCUGUGAUCUGGAUUGGAAUGCUGAAAAGGACUUUCUAUUAAGAAUCCCAAAAGAACGAGAGAAGAUGGACCCCAAGCGAAAUAUAAAAGAAGGACCUUGCCAAGGCCAUGACGUCUCUGAAUCCUGGAGACCGUGUGAUGCUGAUAGCGGACAAACGAACAUAUCGGCCACAGCUGGCGGAGAUGGAAGGGCUGUGCCGGCUGUAUGAGCGGAUCCUCUUCAUGCCUCGGCCUGAUUAUGCUUCUCGCUAUGUGCUCUGGAAGCAUAUGAUAGAGGCCCAGGGAGAACAGGUGUCCCAAAACCUGGACAUCAGUGCCCUGUCCAAGGUGUCUGAUGGCUAUACAGCUGGUAACAUUCUUCAAGCCAUCCAGUCUGUGGUGACCGAGCGUCGGCUCCUGCAACUGUCCAAGCUGCCCCUGGUGGCCUCUGAAUUCGUGGGACAUUUAGCAAAGUUGGACCCAGUGUACAGGGAGGAGGAGGAAUCUCUGAAGGACUGGUACUACAAAACUCCACUGGGCAAGAAGAAUGCGAAACUUAGCAAGGACCAGCAGGAGGCCGAAGAGGCCAAGCUGGCAAAGAAAAGAAGAAAAGAAGUGAGAAGACUAGAUGAGAGGGUGACCUGA